GGAUACGGCCAGUGGUUGCCCCUGGACUAAAGUGGACCCUCUUGACCAAGGCGUCUCUCCUGUUCUUACAAUGACUGGACUCAAGCGUAUGCCAAGAGGACAGCGAAGACAGAUCGCUGCAGACCGUCGGGCCCAUUGUCAUGCACCAGGGGUAAAACAUGGCCUCGAGAUCGGACCACCCUAUAUAGGCUCACGGACACGGUUGCGCUUGCGGAGCGGAGGUCGUUCCCUUGCACUUCUGGCAUAUCACCAUCCCGCUCGUAGGCAGCACCUAGUCGCGCUUGCUCAUCAGUCAUGUUCUGGUUGGAGAUCUUCCGUAUUGUGACGCUUGCAUGGGUCUUGCUCUGCGGCAUCAUCGUGCUCGCACUGGGCGGGCACGUCAUCUCCGUGUCUGAGGAAUACUUCAACUCUUACGCCGACUAUACUGCCCUCGGAGUGGCAACGGGUGUGCUCACCUUAGUCACCGUCCCUGUCAUGAUUGCUCUUGAUUUCUUCUUGAGCACGUUCACGUCCUGGAUUGCAGUCGAGCUCUCAUGGCUCAGCCUUCUCUGGAUCUUGUUCCUCGCGACAGCCGCCGACGCAGCCAGUGACUUGAACAGGGUUAACAACCGGUGUAAUUUCUACUACACUCAGCAGAACACCAUGUGUCAUGAGACGCAGGGCAUGGCUGCGUUCGCAUUCUUGGCCUGGAUCCCUCUCAUGGCUUACACCAUCACGCUUCUUGUCAUUGCUAUUCUGAAUAGCAGUCAGAGCGCGAACAUCUGGACGUCCUCGAUCAAGGAUACCUUUGUGGGCCCGAAGACCGGAAACCAGAUUCCAAUGACUACGAACGCAACUGCGGGGCCCGUUGUACAGCCACAGCCAGCUACGCAGACUGUGUAAGCUUCCUUCGAUGAUGGCGUGGUUGUCUAUUUGUAGAAAUCGCCAAAUACGUGUUACGACCGCUAUGUUCAUUUUCCGUUCGAUAAUUUGCUACGAGUAAUAUCAUGACACGCUUGAAACGAGUAACUGAGAAUUUCUGUUUCGAUGACGAAUUCUCCCAGGAGUGGAAUGUUUGGACUUUUCA